AUGUCAGAACAAAUACCGAGAGAGGAACGGGUUCGAUACAUGCGUCUAGCCCUCGAAGAAGCCGCAAAAUGCGAACCUGUUCCUACAGCAUUUUGCGUCGGUUGUGUCAUCACGGUCCCGACCCUGGGAGACGAGGGUACGAUAUCGCAAAAAAUACUCUCUACCGGCUACUCGCGUGAACUUGCCGGAAAUACACACGCUGAGGCUAAUGCAUUGGCAAAGGCGCAUGCACUUGCCGGUGCCGAGGAGUUGCGUCGGUCAUUUGGUCAAGGAGCCGAGCCUUCCACUCUUUUACGGCUUGCAGAUGUUUACACUACUCUCGAGCCGUGCUCCGUACGGCUGUCGGGGUUGGCGCCGUGCGCUGACGCACUCGUUGCUGCCGGGAUCCGGAAUUGCAUCAUCGGCGUAAAAGAGCCUGCAGAUUUUGUGCAAUGCGAAGGAACAAAAAAGCUGCAGGAUACAGGUAUUGGUAUUAUUUGGUUAGACGACUUGGAGUCCGAGUGUCUGGCUAUGGCUCGUCGAGGCCAUUCUUAA